AAAUACAGAAGGGUGAGGUAAUAUGUUCCAUGAGUCGAAAAAUACAAAGACCAAGACAAAAGAGAGUGCAAUUAGAUUUACAGUUAAUUGCCAACUUAGAUUUGUCCAAAAGAUCUACCAUUCGAAGGCUUGCAUGUGGGAUUCAAUGUAGCAAAAGUACCGUAGGAAGAUGGAUUAAGCUAGGGCUGAUCAAAGCUCAUUCCAAUGCUAUUAAACCCGAUCUUACGGCUCCUAACAAGUUGCUUAGGCUACGGUUUUCAUUAGAGGCCCUAGAGUAUGAUAGGAUUAUGAGGAGUGUGACAUUUAAAAACAUGCACAACACAAUCCACAUUGAUGAAAAAUGGUUCUACAUAACCAAAACCAACCAAAGGUUUUACUUAACCCCUGCAGAGAGUGAGCCUCAUAGAACCUGUAAAAGCAAAAAAUUCAUCACGAAGGUGAUGUUUAUGUGUGCAGUGUGUAGGCCUAUCUUUGGCCCUGAUGGAGAAUGCAUAUUUGAUGGAAAAAUAGGCAUUUUUCCAUUUACUGAACUGGUUCCAGCAAAGAGGAAGAGUAAGAACAGGGCAGCAGGCACAAUGGAGUGGAAACCCAUUCAAAGUAUCACCAAAGAAGUGGUGAAGGAUUGCCUAAUUAACAAGAUUAUUCCUGCUAUAAAGGCAAAGUGGCCUAGUUUUGCUAGCAAAGUCAUCUACAUACAGCAGGAUAAUGCGCGGCCACACAUUAAAGACAACGACCCUGAUUUCAGGGCAGCUGCCUCUAGUGAUGGCUUUGACAUACACCUGGUGCAUCAACCACCAAACUCACCCGACACCAACAUAAAUGAUUUGGGGUGGUUCAGGGCGAUACAAUCGCUACAAACUGAAUCAGUUUGCAACAAUGUCAGUGACUUACUUAUGGCUGUUAAAAAUUCAUUUGAACAGUUAAGUGCACAAACCUUGAAUAAGGUUUUUCUUAGCCUACAAAGUUGCAUGAUUGAAAUUUUCAAGGUAAAAGGUCAAAACUGUUACAAAAUUCCCCAUUUGAAGAAGGAUGCCUUGAUUAGGCAGGAUAUGCUUCCUUCAAACCUUGAAGUUGAUUCAAGGCUUGUUAGGGAAUGCAUAGCUUACCUAAUUGAGCAGGGGAAUAUUAAUGGGAGUGAAGGUUUCUUAAGGCAUCUGCCUAUAGGCAUGAUUGGAGGCACAACAGAUGGGCUGGCUUGUAGCAUGCAGCAGCUACAAAUUCAAGGGGGCACAAGUGGAUAUUGAAGAUUUCAAGGAUUUCAAACUUUUUGUUGUUUUUGUAAAGUGAAUGCACAUAUUUUUGUAAUGCACAGAUGCACAUAUGCACAGAUGCACAGCUGCACACUUUUUGUUGUUUUUGUAAUGUAUGUUAUGCUUGCAAAGUUCUAAUGAAAUUCAGAUGCACAAGUUUGAAAUGCACAAAUGCACACUGCUUCAAGCAGAUCCAACACAGGGAGUGAAAUGCACACUGCUUCAA